GGGGCGCUAGUGAGUCUGAUGUGUUUCUUUAUUGGCGCAGAAGAAGAAAAGCGGAAGUGAAUAAUGUUUGUGGAAGUGUAGCAGUCCGAGCACGUAAACAUCUCGUUUGGAGCGUCAACAACUUUGUGGAAUCAUGUUUGAGAACUUGAGAGAAAGACUUCACUUGGUGCAACAGGAUUUAACGACAGGCCUGAAAACACUUGGAGACAAAACAAAGGAGUCCAAAAGCAGGAAGAAGUCCAGGUUUGAAGAAACCUUUCCUCUUUUCACUGCUGGACACCAAAUCCUUGGCAGGUAUGAGGAGAGCUGGUUUGUACUACACAAGAAAACUAAAGACUGUGGUCACGCUGCACAGGUGGUGGAUGGAGAGGUGGUGAUGCUUUCAGUGCACUGGGAAAAGCGACGCUCUGCACUGACACAACUACAGGAAGAACUGCACAGCUUGCCGGACUUUAUACACCAACUUGACGCCAUCACAGCCUCCAUAGUAUAUGUGUGUGCAGCUCACUUAGAGGGCGACUUUGAGGAGAUGGAGAGCAGACUAGUGCACUUGGAGACUUUGUGUGGUCUCUGUGAGCAGCACACAUCCAAACUGUAUCAUGUUGACCAGCUGGACCUCUUCAAGAAAAAGAAGAGGAGGGAGUUGGAGGCACUAGAAGCCGAGCUCCACACUGAGCACGUGCAGAAGGUGGCGACGUUGGAGCAGACGAGGCAGCACAAACUGAAGCAGCGGCAGAAAAUGUACGAGGACGCUUUCCACCAAGACCUGGAACUGUACCGAGUCACUGGAUGCAUCCAGCACAGAGAAGCCACAGACACAGGUGGGUGUGGCCUGGAUCACAUGACCCUCAUCAACCUAUCAGACCAGGAGGCUCUGGACCACUUCUUGGAUUCUGCUGACGAGUCGUCGCCCGUCUCAGGUGCACCUGCACACCUGCACAAAGACGGUGAAGCAGAGGAUGAAGCAGCGAGUGAAGAAGAUGAAGGUGUGGAGGUGCAGUCGGAUGAAGAAGAUGUUCAACCUUUAGUUGGCCUGCAAGAUGUUGAAGUUGCAGCAAACUCUGAUGAUGAAAGUGACUCAGCUGCUGCUUAGCAUCAAUCCAACUAGCAUCCAUCAAGCUAGCAUCGGUCCUUCCUUCAUCCAUCAAGUUAGCAUCGGUCCUUCCUUCAUCCAUCAAGUUAGCAUCGGUCCUUCCUUCAUCCAUCAAGUUAGCAUCGGUCCUUCCUUCAUCCAUCAAGUUAGCAUCGGUCCUUCCUUCAUCCAUCAAGUUAGCAUCGGUCCUUCCUUCAUCCAUCAAGUUAGCAUCGGUCCUUCCUUCAUCCAUCAAGUUAGCAUCGGUCCUUCCUUCAUCCAUCAAGUUAGCAUCGGUCCUUCCUUCAUCCAUCAAGUUAGCAUCGGUCCUUCCUUCAUCCAUCAAGUUAGCAUCGGUCCUUCCUUCAUCCAUCAAGUUAGCAUCGGUCCUUCCUUCAUCCAUCAAGUUAGCAUCGGUCCUUCCUUCAUCCAUCAAGUUAGCAUCGGUCCUUCCUUCAUCCAUCAAGUUAGCAUCGGUCCUUCCUUCAUCCAUCAAGUUAGCAUCGGUCCUUCCUUCAUCCAUCAAGUUAGCAUCGGUCCUUCCUUCAUCCAUCAAGUUAGCAUCGGUCCUUCCUUCAUCCAUCAAGUUAGCAUCGGUCCUUCCUUCAUCCAUCAAGUUAGCAUCGGUCCUUCCUUCAUCCAUCAAGUUAGCAUCGGUCCUUCCUUCAUCCAUCAAGUUAGCAUCGGUCCUUCCUUCAUCCAUCAAGUUAGCAUCGGUCCUUCCUUCAUCCAUCAAGUAGCAUCGGUCCUUCCUUCAUCACAAUAAUCAUUUCAUUAAACAACUUUCAUGGAAAACUGCGAGGUUUUUUUCUUUUGUUUUUCUUUCAAUCUUCCGCAAUCUUAUGUGAGAUGUUUCUCUUUUUUCUGCCUUCUAAAGUGUCUAAAACUGCUAGCACGAGGUAGCCAUCAAUGCAGCCAAUAAUCUGGGAUUAACAGGAAGUAUUCAUGUUAUUUACACUAAAGUAUUCAUGUCAUGUACACUAAAGUAUUCAUGUCAUGUACGCUAAAGUAUUCAUGUCAUGUACACUAAAGUAU